GGAGGGAAGGGGAGUAGAUCCCCCAUGACAGCCGCGGGACGGCAGCAGCGGCUCCCCCGUUCCAGCCCCGGGGGUGGGCAUUGGAUCCCCCAUGCCAGCCCCGGGUCACCCUACCCCGGGAGGGGGCAGUGGAUCCCACAUACCCGUCGCGGGGGGUGAGCCUCCGCGGGCGGCGGUUCGAUUGCUCGGCGCUCCCCGGCCUGGCGGGUGGAUGGUAUCUGGCUCGGCGCGCGGCCUGACGGGGUCGGAAGCAGCCGCUGGCCUGCCUCUGUCCCUGCGCCUGCCCGCUGGCCGCGGGGAGUGUCGGCGUCCGGGCUCAGUCCGUCUGCGGCCGCGAUGGUUUAAAGGCCUCGGGCCAGCUCCGCAUCCGGCAGUAGCCAUGAACCUGCUGCCGGCCAACCCGCACGGCAACGGGCUGCUGUACGCCGGCUUCAACCAGGACCACGGAUGCUUUGCAUGUGGAAUGGAAAAUGGAUUCAGAGUUUAUAAUGCAGAUCCUCUCAAAGAAAAAGAGAAACAAGAAUUUCUAGAAGGAGGCAUUGGCCAUGUUGAAAUGUUAUUUCGGUGCAACUAUUUAGCAUUAGUUGGUGGAGGAAAAAAACCAAAAUAUCCACCUAACAAAGUGAUGAUCUGGGAUGAUCUGAAAAAGAAGACAGUUAUUGAAAUAGAAUUUUCAACAGAAGUCAAAGCCGUUAAAUUGCGAAGAGAUAGAAUUGUGGUAGUUUUGGACUCCAUGAUUAAAGUUUUCACAUUCACACACAAUCCCCACCAGUUGCAUGUCUUUGAAACCUGCUACAACCCUAAAGGUCUCUGUGUCCUUUGUCCAAAUAGUAAUAAUUCCCUUCUUGCAUUCCCUGGGACACAUACUGGGCAUGUGCAGAUAGUGGAUCUGGCUAAUACAGAAAAGCCUCCUGUGGACAUACCAGCUCAUGAAGGAGUCUUGAGCUGUAUAGCUUUAAACCUGCAGGGAACAAGAAUUGCAACAGCAUCAGAAAAAGGGACUCUCAUAAGAAUAUUUGAUACUUCAUCGGGGCAUUUAAUCCAGGAGUUACGAAGAGGUUCGCAAGCAGCUAAUAUCUACUGCAUUAACUUCAAUCAGGAUGCUUCCCUAAUUUGUGUAUCAAGUGACCAUGGUACAGUGCAUAUUUUUGCAGCAGAAGACCCCAAAAGGAACAAGCAGUCUAGUUUGGCCUCAGCCAGCUUCCUCCCCAAAUACUUCAGUUCCAAAUGGAGCUUUUCUAAAUUUCAGGUUCCCUCAGGCUCUCCAUGCAUUUGUGCCUUUGGAACAGAGCCAAAUGCUGUCAUAGCAAUAUGUGCAGAUGGUAGCUACUACAAAUUCUUAUUCAACCAAAAAGGGGAAUGUUCAAGGGAUGUCUAUGCUCAGUUUCUAGAAAUGACAGAUGACAAGCUUUGACUAAACUGAGGAAGAAAGUGUUUUGGUCAAAGUACUGCCUUGGUUAUUCUGCUUCUUUAGAAGGACUGGGUAUGUAUGUCCAAUACUGAUCAAGAUGUGUAACAGACCUCAUUGAGAAGCCUGGCCCAACAUGAGCAGAACAAGCUCUGAUGUAGAGGAUUUCUACCUAUGUUAAACUCAUGCUAUUUUUUUUCAAUAUUAGAAGGGGGAAAUAACGGGGGUUCUGUCAGCUCUUCAAGAAGUGGUGUUAAACUGUGAAAUUGAGUGCAGAUGAGUGCCUGCCACAUACCUGAGGUGUUUUGUACAAACUUCAGGGAAGGAGGUGGAUUUAUUUCAGGCACCAUAUUACAUCACUUCCACUGAACCUCUCUGUGGGGGCAGGAAAUAACUGUAAAUACUAGGUAACUAGGUUAGUUAUACCAGCAGCUUGCCUUAGAACAGGAGGGAUUUAUUUCCCUUUUCAUACACCUUAACAUGCAGAAGGGAAGAGAUGACACAGGUGGCUAUAAUAAACCCAAUCUGAACUGCACUUGCCCUCUGGCCUGGAGUGUGGUGCAGUUGUCUUGUGGCCACAGAUUGAUAGUCAGUCAUGUAUACACUGAUGUUCUUGGUUAAGUUGAAUUAACUAUCAGCACUACGGUAAUUUUCAGUGGUGCCAAACUAUAUAUAUUAGACACACAGGCACAGUUAGGUACUGCUGAUGUGGUUAACCACUACUCAGCAUAUGAAGUAAAUUGCAUAGGAUACUAUGACAAAUGAAGUUCAUGUUUGAAGGGGAUGCUGCUGCUUCUAUAAUGAAACACAUCCAUUCCAGCUAAAAAUUUAAGUUGGUUUAACAGUUGCAUUGGGUUGCUUCUAAAAUACCAACUCUCUGGGCUUCAACCAGGAGACUUUACAGGCCACUUAAUACACAGUUUAAAGUUGGUGAUGUGAAGUACACUACCUUGUGAUGACUCUAAAUCUGCAAAGCAUUUUUUGAAGUGUUGCAUAUUGAAUGGUGUUUGCUUAGGUGCAGUUAGGUCAAAUCAAACAGCUAUCAACUGACUUGCAUCCAGCUUCCCCCCCCACCCCCCCGCAACUAUUUGGACAACUCUGUAGCCUUGAUUUUGGAAAUAAGGCAUAUACCGUUUUCUAAAAAAAAAGUGAAAUAGAACACAAGUUCUCUAUUCCUAGCACUAAUUACAUGAGGCAUAUUCAUACAAUGCCUCAGCUUUAAUUUCACAGAUGCUUCAAAGUUGAAGUUCUAGUUCACUCAAGAUUAUUUAGCUGCAAAUUAAAUUUUUGGCAGGUUUCUUUAGCAUCUGAUAAAAUGGACCAAGGACUAACUUUUAUGCAGAUUGUGUGGUCAAGUUUGCAUGUUGCUUUUACGUGUAUUUAAUCAUUUGUUUUGCACACUUAUUUGUAAUGUUUCUUUUUAAAUAAAUGACUAAUUUUGCUGUAUUCA